AUGAAUAGGAUAGGCUGGUGAGCAGACGGCGGCUGGCGAUAGAAACCUCCUCCCCCCCCUUCAACUCCGGGUGAAAUAACCUGUCUAUAGGCGUGUCAUUUCACCCGGACCGCGGGCACUCCAGCCCCGCUCCCCCAACACAGGAAUAACCCUCCCAUUCUUAAGGAUUUGUGUAUAAUGCUGCCUUAAUGCCGAAUUAAGCAACCCUCCCCCCUUCUCUCUCUCUGCAAAGGCGCAUUUGGAGGCGCUUAGAAACUGGCUCCAUUCUCGCAACGAUUUGGUGUACAUGGUGGAUGGCUGCCGCACGGAUCUAGGGAGCAAUGGUGAUCCUUCAACAGGGAGACUACGUCUGGCUCGACCUCAAGACUGGCCGUGAGUUUGAAGUCCCGCUUGGUGCUGUGGUGAAGUUGUGCGACUCUGGACAGAUCCAGGUUGUGGAUGAUGAGGGGAAUGAGCACUGGAUUUCCCCGCAGAAUGCCACCAACAUUAAGCCCAUGCAUCCGACGUCAGUCCACGGGGUGGAAGACAUGAUCCGACUGGGAGACCUGAACGAAGCGGGGAUUCUGCGGAACCUCCUGAUCCGCUACAGAGACCGAUUAAUAUACACAAACUGUGGCAGCAGGACCUACACUGGCUCCAUCCUGGUGGCCGUCAACCCGUACCAGCUGCUGCCCAUCUACACGGCCGAGCAGAUCCGUUACUACACCAACAGGAAGAUCGGUGAGAUGCCACCGCACAUCUUCGCCAUAGCCGAUAACUGCUACUUCAACAUGCAGCGGAACAACAGGGACCAGUGCUGUAUUAUAAGUGGAGAGUCUGGAGCUGGUAAAACAGAGAGUACAAAGCUAAUACUGCAGUUCCUGGCAGCGAUCAGUGGGCAACAUUCCUGGAUUGAGCAGCAGGUUCUUGAGGCCAAUCCCAUUCUAGAAGCUUUUGGGAACGCUAAAACCAUAAGGAACGAUAACUCCAGUCGGUUCGGGAAAUACAUUGACAUCCAUUUCAACAAGCGUGGAGCCAUUGAAGGAGCCAAGAUUGAGCAGUAUCUCCUGGAGAAGUCUCGCGUUUGUCGGCAGGCCAACGGGGAGAGGAACUACCAUAUUUUCUACUGCAUGUUGAUGGGGAUGAGCCCAGAGCAGAAGAAGAAGCUCGGACUGGGGAAACCCACGGACUACACCUACUUGACCAUGGGAAAGUGCACCUUCUGUGAUGGCCGGGAUGACAGCAAGGAGUACGCCAACAUUCGCUCCGCCAUGAAGGUCCUCAUGUUCACCGACACGGAAAACGGGGAGAUCAGCAAGCUGAUGGCUGCCAUCCUGCACAUGGGAAACCUCUCGUAUGAACCUCGAAUGUACGACAACUUGGACUCAUGUGAGGUGGUGUACUCUGGUCAGCUCUUGACUGCUGCCACUCUACUCGAGGUAGAUUGCCUGGACCUUCAGAACUGUCUCACCAGCCGCACCAUCAUAACAAGAGGAGAGACCGUCUCCACUCCUCUCAACAUGGUCCAAGCGCUUGAUGUCCGAGAUGCUUUUGUGAAGGGCAUCUAUGGGCGACUCUUUGUCUGGAUAGUCGAGAAGAUCAACGCUGCCAUUUACAAACCUCCGUCGCGGGAACCCAAGACCGUGCGCAGAUCCAUCGGCCUACUGGAUAUCUUUGGGUUUGAGAACUUCCACGCCAACAGCUUUGAGCAGCUGUGCAUCAACUUUGCCAACGAGAACCUGCAGCAGUUCUUUGUACGUCACGUGUUCAAGUUGGAGCAGGAGGAGUACAACCUGGAGAACAUCAACUGGCAGCACAUCGAGUUCACCGACAACCAGGAUGCCCUGGACAUGAUCGCCCUCAAGCCCAUGAAUAUCAUCUCACUCAUCGAUGAGGAGAGCAAAUUCCCCAAGGGCACAGACACAACGAUGCUGAACAAACUGAACUCUCAGCACAAGCUCAAUGCUUACUACAUCCCACCAAAGAACAACUAUGAGACCCAGUUUGGCAUCAGCCAUUUUGCUGGAAUUGUCUACUAUGAGACGAAAGGUUUUCUGGAGAAGAACCGCGACACUCUUCACGGAGACAUCAUCCAACUGGUCCACUCCUCCAAGAAUAAGUUCAUCAAACAGAUCUUCCAGGCCGAUGUUGCCAUGUUUCCUGUAGCUUUAGUAACUCCAUUGUCCGCUCCUUUCUCUUUCCUCCAGGGCGCGGAGACCAGGAAACGCUCGCCGACGCUGAGCAGCCAGUUCAAACGCUCGCUGGAGCUGCUGAUGAGAACUCUCGGUGUCUGCCAGCCCUUCUUUGUCCGUUGCAUCAAGCCCAAUGAGUACAAGAAAUCCAUGCUGUUUGACCGGGAGUUGUGUGUGCGCCAGCUGAGGUACUCUGGCAUGAUGGAGACCAUUCGUAUCCGCAGGGCGGGCUAUCCCAUCCGCUACACCUUUGUGGAGUUUGUCGACCGGUACCGGGUCUUGAUGCCUGGGGUCAAACCGGCUUAUAAACAGGGAGACCUGCGCGGGACGUGCCAGCGAAUAGCAGAAGCCUUCCUAGGCCGGGUUGAUGAUUGGCAGAUUGGGAAGACAAAGAUUUUCUUGAAGGACCACCACGACAUGAUGCUGGAGGUGGAAAGGGACAAGGCCAUCACUGACAAGGUGAUCCUCAUCCAGAAGGUGGUGCGGGGAUUUAAAGACAGGUCAAACUUUGUGAAGAUGAGGAAAUCUGUGAUGUUAAUUCAGCGUUACUGGCGUGGCUACCGAUGCAGGAAGAGAUUCAGUGCGAUGCGACUGGGGUUCUGCAGGCUGCAGGCCCUGCACCGCUCCCGCAAGCUCUUCACCCAGUACCACUUCGCCCGCAAGAGGAUCAUCCUGUUCCAGGCCCGUUGCCGUGGUUACCUGGUGCGCCGGGCCUUCCGUCACCGCCUCUGGGCCGUCAUCACCAUCCAGGCCAGCGUCCGUGCCAUGAUCGCACGCAGGCUCUACAAGCGGCUGAAAGGGGAGUACCACCGGCGGCUGGAGGCAGAGAAGAUGCGUCUGGCCGAGGAGAUGAGGCUCAGCAAGGAGAUGAGCAGCAAGAAGGCAAAGGAGCAGGCCGAACGCACACACCAGGAGCGCUUGGCCCAGCUGGCACGGGAAGAUGCAGCCAGGGAGAUCGGGGAACGCAAGGAAGCACGACGGAAGAAGGAAAUGCUCCAGCAGUUGGAGAAAGCUCGCAAUGAGCCGGUGAACGACUCUGAGAUGGUGGACAAGAUGUUUGGCUUCCUGGGCGUCCCCUCUGUGGUGCCCGGACAUGAGGGCCAGCCGCCCGCUGGGUUUGAGGAUCUGGAGAGGUCACCACGGCCCAUGGAUGAAGAGGAUUUGGACGCCAGCCUUCCGUUACCGGAGGAAGAGGAGGAAGAUCUCUCCGAGUACAAAUUUGCCAAAUUCGCCGCCACCUAUUUCCAGGGCACCACCACCCACACCUACAUCCGGCGGCCCCUCAAGGUGCCCUUGCUCUUCCACGAUGAUGAGGGCGACCAGCUGGCGUCGUUGGCGGUGUGGAUCACCAUCUUGCGCUUCAUGGGCGAUCUGCCGGAGCCCAAGUACCACACGGCCAUCAGUGACGGCAGCGAGAAGAUCCCGGUCAUGACCAAGAUCUACGAGACCCUGGGGAAGAAGACCUACAAACGGGAGCUGCAGGCUCUACAAGGCGACGCAGAGGUGAGACCACGCUGGCCGAUAAAGAUCGGCAAGAAUUUUCCACCAGAACCAUCCCGCGGAUGACAAUGGUUUAUGGGCCUGUCCCACUUAGGCUGUUUGCAGUGGAAUGCCGGUGAUUGUUGAAUUACCCGCAGUCACCUGAUAAACCGGCAACUGGAACGGCGACUGUCAGAGUGGAACGCACAC